CAUAAGCUCUAUUCCACCUCCGUCUAUAAAUAGUUUAAUACAAUGAUAAAGAUUAAGAAGUCUGAGCGAGAUUCUCUGAAAAUGUGUUUAUAAAGUAAAAGUAAUUUUUACUUUACAAUGAGUUAGACUUAACUCUCAAUUUUAAGAUGAUAUUGUAGAGCAAUGAACAUAUAUUCCUCCGUUUGAUUCUUAUCUUGGAGAUCAAUUCCUCCAAUAUAAAUUGAUCCUCCAUUUACAACAAAGUCACAAACACAAAUAUGAAGGUGAUAGAGCAGAGUCAUGUUGCACCACCACCCAGUUCACUUCCAUCACCAACCACACUUCCCCUCACUGUCUUCGACAAUACAUGGUUUUACUGCCGAUACCCCGCUAAACGCAUAUUCUUCUACCACUUUCCUCAUCCAACUCAUCACUUCCUUCAAACAACACUUCCCAUUCUCAAACACUCUCUUUCCUUAACCCUCCAACACUUCUUCCCGUUCUCCUCCAACCUCAUCAUCCCUUCAGAUUCCCAAACUGAACCUUACAUACGUUACCUCGAUACCGACUCUCUCUGCUUCACCGUAGCUGAAUCCUCAGCAGACUUCAACCUCCUCAUAUCAGAUUCACAAGAUGCUAAAAUCUGGCACUCUCUUGUUCCAAAUUUGCCUCCACCUAGUACUGAACAGAACAACACACAAGUCAUUCCAAUAAUGGCCAUUCAAAUCACUAUUAUGCCGAACUCCGGCUUAUCUAUCUGUCUCGCGUUCAAACAUAUGGCUGCAGACGGAAAAUCACUUCACCAUUUUAUGAAAUUUUGGGCCUCUGUUUCUAAAAACAGAGCAAACAACAAAAACAAUUCGUCUCUUGAACACUCUCUGCCACUUGAUCUUCCUUCCCAUGAAAGACAUACAAUACUUAAUGCCCCAAAAGAUCCUAAAAUAAUCUACUUACAAGAAACACAAGAUUAUGUAUUAGAAAAAGUGGAAUUCGCAGAUCUCAUUCCAGAUGUGUAUCCUAAAAACGUACGAACUUGUUUAGUGUUGAGUCAUGAACAAAUUCAGAAACUGAAGAAAUGGAUUGUUGAUAAAUGUAUAGAAACAACACAAUACAUUUCAACUUUUGUGGUAACAUGUUCCUUGAUUUGGUGUUGUAUGGUAAAAUCAGAGCAAAGUGAUCAAGGUGAUGUUGUUGAUGAUCUAUGCAACUUCCUGUUUUUUGCAGAUUGUCGUGGUCGUCCUGAAUUUUCAUUAUCAAAAACUUACUUUGGAAAUUGUCUGGCAUCUUAUAUUGUGGUUGUAAAGAGAGACGAGUUAGUUGGAAAUAAUGGCAUUGUUGUGGCGGCAAAUGGUAUUGAUAGGAAGAUAAGAGAUUUCAAGAGUGAUGAAGCGUUAGGAUCUGAAACGUUGAUGCUUGAUUAUAGGGAAUUAUUUAUACCAGAUAAGUCGAUUUUAGUAGUUGCUGGAUCACCUAAACAUGCUGUUUAUGAGACUGAUUUUGGGUGGGGAAAGCCUAAGAAAUCUGAUAAGGUUCAUCAUGUUUCGUGUACGAUUUCGCUUUCUGAUUGUAGAGUUGGUGGAAGCGGAAUUGAGAUUGGUUUGGCUCUUGAGAGGUCUCGAAUGGCUAAUUUCAUGAACAUCUUUCAAGAACAACUUGAUAAUAUUUGUAGCAUGUGAAUGUGCAAAUCACUUUCCUUUUACUCUUUAUGUUACUAAUAUUUAGUUCAAUAAGUUUAGGCAAACAUUCCAUUUUAUAUAGAGUAAUGAAGUAUUCAUUUCAAUUUACUUUACUAUAAGUAGAGUGAUUGCUAAAUGUGUAAUUGCUAAGUAAAGAAGACAUGUUUAUGAGACUUGAAAUACUCUUUAGUCUUUUUAUCCUUUUUUAAUUUGUUCAUCUAUUUCAAAUGUGGUUCCAUGCCUACUCUUAUACUGAAGGGAAAACAAAAAAGAGGGAAAAGUAGCUUGAAAGUGCAUCGAGCAGAAAAAAUGAGAUGAGAGAAGUUUGAAAUAGCCGCAAGUUAAUUAGUGUGAUUUUCUCAAAAGACGUAACACUCUGUAUAUAAUGUUGGAAGCUAAACAAUGUGUGUAAUCUAACUGUGAGGAUUAAUAUUUAUCUCAAAUUACACAUACUAGUUUGCUACACACACUAGUAUUUUCAUUACCAAAAACUUAUUUUGGAAAUUGUAUUGCAUCUUAUACUGUGGCUUUAAAGAGAGAUGAGUUAGUCGGAAAAAAUGGGAUCAUUGUGGCAGCAAAGGGUAUUGAAAAGAAUAUGAGAUUUUAAGAGUAAUGCUUGGUUAGGAGCUGAAUAAUUGAUGUCUGAUUUUAGGGAUUUAACGAAGCCGGGUACAUCUCUUGUAGUAGUUGCUGGAUCACCUAAAUUUGCUGUUUAUGAGACUGAUUUUGGGUGGGGAAAGCCUAAGAAAUCUGAUACAGUUCAUCUUGAUUCGUCUGGUUCGAUUUCUCUUUCUGAUUGUA